AUGUUCUUCGCUAACCAAGCUUCUCAGGUGCUGCGCCAGGGCGCCUCGGAGGAGAAAGGCGAACGUGCACGCCUCAUGAAUAUAAUGGGCGCCGUUUCAGUGGCUGACAUUGUGAAGACAACUUUGGGCCCGAAGGGUAUGGACAAAAUUCUCCAAGGAAUGGAUCGAACCCAAUCUGUGCGCGUCACUAAUGAUGGCGCGACAAUCCUCAAGUCUCUCUUCAUGGAUAACCCGGCUGCCAAGAUUCUGAUCGAUAUGAGCAAGACACAGGAUGAUGAGGUGGGUGACGGUACCACUAGCGUCACGGUGUUUGCUGGAGAGCUUUUGCGCAACGCUGAAAAGCUGCUGGAUCAGUCCAUUCAUCCUCAGACCAUAAUCGAAGGUUACCGCAUGGCUGCUGAUGCCGCGCAGAAGGCUUUGGCGGAAUCCGCUGAGGAUCACAGUGCGGACGAGAAUCUCUUUUACGAAGAUCUCAUUCGCAUUGCCAAGACUACCCUCAGUUCCAAGAUCAUUACUGUGGAGUCGGAUCAUUUCGCAAAGCUCUGUGUUGACGCGGUUCUUCGCCUGAAGGGAAGUGGCAACCUUGAGAUGAUCAACAUCAUGAAGAAGCUUGGCGGCACGCUUCGUGAUAGCUAUCUCGAACCCGGGUUCCUGCUGGACAAGAAGAUCGGCAUUGGGCAGCCACGCUGCCUGGAGAACGCCAAGAUUCUCGUAGCGAACACUCCCAUGGACACCGACAAGAUCAAAAUUUUUGGAGCGAAGGUUAACGUUGAUAGUGUUUCUCAGCUGGCCGAGGUGGAGGCAUCCGAGAAGGCCAAAAUGAAGUCCAAGUGUAUGAAGAUCAUCAACCACAAUAUCAACUGCUUCAUCAACCGUCAGCUGAUCUACAACUAUCCGGAGGAGAUCUUUGCACAGCAUGGUAUUAUGGCAAUCGAGCAUGCAGAUUUUGACGGCAUCGAACGCCUUGCAAAGGCCCUCGGGGCGGAUGUUGUCUCGACCUUCGAGGAUACUACAAACGUGCAGUACGGAUUUGCUGAGAAGAUCGACGAGGUCAUGAUUGGCGAGAGCACUGUGAUCCGCUUCUCUGGGCUCCCGAAGGGUGAGGCGUGCACGAUUGUGCUGCGCGGCGCGUCGCGCCACAUUCUCGAUGAGGCAGAGCGCUCCAUCCAUGAUGCAGUGUGCGUAAUCUCAGAGAUGGUGAAGGAGACACGUACAGUGCUCGGUGCCGGAUGCUCCGAGUUCCUCAUGGCGAACGCUGUCGAGGAGAAAGCCAAGGCGAUCGCAGGGAAGAAGCAACUGGCUAUGAUAGCGUUUGCUGCUGCGCUUCGCACCCUUCCUGCUAUCAUUGCAGACAAUGCGGGCCUUGAUAGCAAUGAUCUUGUCACACGUCUCCAAACAGAGCAUUACCAGGGGCACAAAUCGCACGGCAUUGAUGUUAUUCGUGGUGACAUUGCUGAUGUGAAGACACUCGGCAUCACGGAGUCCUACAAGGUGAAGAGUUCUGUUCUGGCGUAUGCCUCGGAGGCAGCUGAGAUGAUCUUGCGUGUGGACAAUGUACUCCGCGCCGUGCCGCGUGAGCGCACCCAGUGA